UAUGAUCGGUGCGACGCGACGGAACAAGAUGACCGUUGUUAUCACUACACCCACAAUCUUCGAACAGAGAUUACAAAAAAAAGGGUCAUCGUCACCGAGUUUAUCAUCUGUCGUUAGUCCUUCCGUGAUUGCUGGGCAGAAAGAGAGGACCAUCCAACAUGUUGCUUGUCUACGUGGUAGCCUUUUCCUUAGGCCCUGUUCUAACAAAUUCCAACAGCCCAGAACUAAACGAGAAUCUCUUCGUGAACUACUUCAAAGAUAUUUUCGAAUCAGGACCUGUUCAACAGACAAAUGAUAUUCUUCCACCUCCGCAAUUGGUUCCCGAUAAUAAUUCAACUGACUUGGAUCAAGGAAACUCUGUAGUACAACCACCCACUUACUAUACAAAUGGUAUAAACCAGGAGGUGUACUGUGGUUGGCCUAUAACUCCGGUUAAAUUCAAUCAACCAAUUCAGUCUCCCGUGGACAUUAUUACUGAGAAGGCGAUUACCCUGGAGUUGCCCCAGCUGUCCAUGGCACUGCCCAACUUAGACAACACUAGAGCUAAGUUACAAAAUUCUGGCCAUUCAGCGGUUGUCUACAUAUAUGGGGAUAAAUUCCAAAAACCUUUUUUGAAGGGAGGCCCUUUACAGCAGAGGUUUAUUUUCGAGCAAAUGCACUUCCACUGGGGCAAGGAAGACAUCUGGGGCAGCGAACAUUAUCUGGAUGGGGAAAGUUAUUCUGCAGAAGUGCACUUAGUUUACUACAAUGGCAAGUACCUUUCCUUCAAAGAUGCUGCUGACAAACCAGACGGACUGGCAGUUGUUGCGGUUUUUGCUGAGGCCAAUGAAGUGGAAAACCCGUUGUUCUCUCCUUUGGAGCAGCUCCUGCCUAAAAUUUGUAAUGUCGGAUCCUCAGUAAAGAUUAACGCCAGUGAAGCCAUGCAGUGGCCUGCUGAUGUCCUGGGGACUGCAACAGAAUACUACACCUACCCUGGGUCACUCACCACCCCGCCUUUCUCGGAGAAUGUAGUAUUCAUUGUCCUGCCAAACCCGAUAACAUUAUCCUUCAAUCAGCUGAUGGCGUUCAGACAACUGGGCAGUGACCAUGGAGGACGAAUCCUGGAGAACAGGAGACAAGUACAGCCCCUCCACAAACGUCCUAUCGUGCGCUCCGGCCGUGCGUCCCAGGUACCAAAUUGGUGGUACAAAUGGCUGUCGAAAAGGAGGCCUUCCGCAGGAUAAAAUUGCGCAAAAUACCGUAUGCAAAUGGUUUAGAUAAAGUGGUAUUUGUCGAAGGUGACAGAUGCAGAAUUGUGUUUGUUAUUGUUUGUGUGUUAUUGUUGUGUGAUGUUUUUUACAAAAAUUUAACAAUAUAUUUAUAUGUAUCUAGGUGAUAAUUAAUAGUGUUAAAUAUGAAGUCUUUUAAAGAUUUGGAAAUGAAUUUUAGCUUGAAUCUACAAAAUGGAUCAACACCACAUGUUGGUUAGCAUUGCGGGAAAGACAGAAAAAAGCAAUUUAAUUAAUUAAAAGUACCUAAAAAGGUAAAUAUACAAAAUACCACUAGUCAUGUUUUUGUUCUAUCACUGUUUAAGCCGUAUGCUAUAGCCUGUCAUACCUAACUAAGGAACUAAUUUCUCAUUGUAAAUUAAAAUAGUUCCGAUAACUAAAAUUUUAUGUAAAUGAUUAAGUGUAGUAAAAUAAACUUUUCAGUUGUCUUUCAACGGUUAUGUAUGAUUCAAUAUGAUUAUACUAUGAGAAAUUGAGAAUACAUUUUAUUGAAAUAUUUUGUA